UCGCUCUCCCCUUUCUCCGCAAAUCCUUGGAAGAAUCCAAAAUCUAUAUCAAUGGCGACUUCACUAGCUCGAUUCUCUCGCAGAGGACUAGCUCCCAACCUGAUCCGCCGUUUCUUCGCCGCGGAAGCGGCGCUCGCGAAGAAGACUGAGGCGCCCAAGCCAAAACCGACGCCGUCUCCGUCGCCUGAUCGUGCGAAAUGGGACUACAGGGGACAGAGACAGAUCAUCCCUUUAGGACAGUGGCUUCCGAAGGUAGCCGUCGAUGCCUACGUGGCACCCAACGUCGUGUUGGCCGGCCAGGUCACGGUCUGGGACGGCUCUUCCGUCUGGAACGGCGCCGUUUUGCGCGGGGAUCUCAACAAGAUCACUUUGGGGUUCUGCUCGAAUGUUCAGGAGCGGUGUGUUGUACAUGCCGCGUGGUCUUCCCCAACAGGAUUACCAGCAGACACGUUGAUCGACAGGUACGUGACAGUGGGUGCAUACAGUCUUCUUAGAUCAUGUACCAUCGAACCAGAGUGCAUCAUCGGGCAACACUCGAUUCUAAUGGAAGGUUCGUUGGUCGAGACCCGGUCAAUCCUGGAAGCUGGUUCGGUUGUGCCACCAGGAAGAAGGAUCCCAUCAGGUGAGCUAUGGGGAGGCAAUCCAGCAAGGUUUAUAAGAACGCUAACCAACGAAGAAACCUUAGAGAUCCCGAAACUCGCUGUAGCCAUCAACCAUUUAAGCGGAGAUUACUUCUCUGAGUUCUUGCCUUACUCCACUGUCUACUUAGAGGUAGAGAAGUUCAAGAAGUCCCUUGGAAUCGCUGUUUAGGAAGCUUCGUUUUCUUUCUUCAAAGCUUCUCUUAUGGGUUUCGCGUGCUUACGUCUCUCUAUUCAUAUUGCAAUAAUUAGCUGAAGAACAUCAAAACAUUGAAAUGUUUGUCUUGUUUUUUUUUUUUUUGGUUUCUUUGUAAACUGAUUUUGGCUGGAUAAGGCCAGAGUGAUAAUGGCGAUGACUUCUUGUUUUGUUGUC